GUUAUUUAGUUAAACUGUCACGCCAAUGCAAAAUUAAUUUUCGAUUGCCUAUAACUGCUUUUAUGCAAUAGAAAGUAAAAAUAUUUAAAAACACUUACUAUUUGCUAUCUCGUUAAACUACUGCAGGUAAUCAAAAAUUAUCUGUUAGCAUGUGCGGUAACACUAAAUGAGAAGUUGCCGAUAGUGAGCAACAAAAGAUUCCUAUGUUAACAGAGUUUUAUUAAAACAUAUGUUGGGCUACUUUGUUUACGGUGAAUGUACGGGAAGACAAAAUUAAGAAAAAAUACAUAACGUUAAGAUAAUUAAGCAUUAAUGCUAAAUGAUUAAACAAUAAAUAAUUCUUAACUGAUAGAAGAAUUUAAACAAGUGAGGAAAACAGAGCAUUUUUGAAAGCAUACAAAUGUAUAUUACUAAAAAGGACAAAUUUCGUAACUUCUAGAAAGAAAUUUGCGGUGCAAAACAUUCUGUCAUAUUUGGCGAGUCUAGCUGAUUUGUAACCGCCUACAGCGGCAAAUACGCUCUAGAUGAAAAUAAAACAUUUGGUCAGAGCAUACCAAAAGAGUUUUGAAACCAACAGGCGGCCAGGUUCCAUAGCUUCAAUAUAUUCACAGAAUCUAGCCAAAUGACAUUUAAGUCGACGCAUGUUCGAAAAAGUAGAAAAUCUUGCGAAAAAGAAAUUUUUAUUGACAGAAGAACUUGGACUAGGACGGAGACCAGAGCAUUUUUGAAUGCUUAUAUUUCUAGAAAGGAGGAGUUUCGGAAUGUACGUAAAAAGAAAUUUGCUAUGCAGAAUGUUUUGUCUGAUUUGGAGAGUCAAGGUGUUUUGAGCCAGACCACAACGGUGGACAUGCUCUUAACAAAAUUUAGAAACUUGGUAAAAGCAUAUAAGCAGGUAAUCAACAAUACCAAACGGAGAGCUGUCGCUCCAUGUAUAGCUCCGUUUACGGACUUGAUGGAUGAAAUAUUUUCGAAUAAUACAAGUAUACCAAAAAAACGCUCCGUUAUGUGUUGGCAACCGCCGAAUAAUUCGACCUCAUUAAAUGAAACUGGCCAAACGAAUUUCGAUCUGGCGGUAAAAUCAGAAGAGAGUCAUUCCCGAGAAAAGCAAAUUUUUAGUAACAGGAGAAUAUGGACCACCGAAGAGAUCGAAGCAUUUUUAAAUGCUUAUAUUUCUAGAAAGGAGGAAUUUCGAAAUAAAUGUAAAAAGAAAUUUGCUAUGCAGAAUGUGUUACAUGACUUAGAGAGUCAAGGUGUUUUGAGGCAGCCUACAACGGUAAAUAUACUCUCAACGAAAUUGAAAAAUUUGAUCAGAGCAUACAAGCAAGGCAUCGACAAUAACAGUCAAACAAAUUCUUCAUGUAAAACUCCGUAUGCAAAUUGGAUGAAGGAAAUUUUUGCAGAUAACCCAAGUAUUUCCAAAAACAUUACCUCCAAUUUGUAUGAGCAAUCGUUAAGCAAUACGCCCACAUUAUCCGAGGAGCAGUUAUUGCCCAACUGGUGUACAAAUGUAGAAACAGACCAUAGGAAAUUCCCCCGACAGUCCACCCUGUACAAUCGGGAUUUACACGGAAACGGACAAGGAAAGAUAACUUGUCAUCCUUCCCCAAAACUAUUGGGAACAUGUUCUAUACCAUUAUCCCAACAACCUCAGCCACCGAUGGAGUCAAGAGAUAAAUCCCCAGACAAAACGCAAAAGUGUUAUGACAAGAGAAUUUGGACUAGGAGGAGACCAGAGCAUUUUGAGGACAUAUAUUUCUAGAAAGAAUGAAAUUUAGGAAAGUAGGAAAAAGAAGUUUGCUAUGCGCAAUGUACUACAUGACUUGGAAAGAAAGGGGUUUUG